GAUAGAUUUGGAUCAGAAACGGGAGGCGCUGGAAGCCAGGAAUCAAAAGUGAAGAACUUCUGCAAGCCCUUGGGUGAUAAAGGUUCCUAUCACUGUAACCAUGCCAGAAAUGACAGAGAAUGAGACUCCUACAAAAAAGCAGCACAGAAAGAAAAACCGGGAGACACACAAUGCAGUGGAGAGGCAUAGAAAGAAGAAAAUCAAUGCUGGAAUAAACAGGAUAGGAGAGCUGAUCCCAUGUUCUCCUGCCCUGAAGCAGAGCAAGAAUAUGAUCCUGGACCAAGCCUUUAAAUAUAUAACAGAACUGAAAAGGCAAAAUGAUGAACUCCUGCUUAAUGGAGGAAACAAUGAACAAGCUGAAGAAAUUAAAAAGCUACGUAAACAAUUGGAAGAAAUUCAAAAAGAAAAUGGCCGAUAUAUUGAAUUACUGAAAGCAAAUGACAUAUGCCUAUAUGAUGACCCUACAAUCCACUGGAAAGGAAAUCUUAAAAACUCAAAGGUCUCUGUUGUUAUUCCCAGUGAUCAGGUUCAAAAAAAUAUCAUUGUUUAUUCCAACGGGAGUCAGCCUUGUGGAAAUAGCCAGGGAACAGCUGUUCAGGGGAUAACCUUUAAUGUUGGUCAUAAUUUACAAAAGCAGACCGCCAAUGUGGUGCCAGUACAGAGGACUUGCAAUCUUGUGACUCCUGUGUCUAUUUCUGGAGUUUACCCUUCUGAAAACAAGCCAUGGCAUCAGACCACAGUUUCUGCAUUGGCUGCCAACCAGCCUGUUCCUCUUUGUCUUCCUGCUACCAUUCCUGCUCAAAAUAUUCUCGAGCUUUCCACCUCCGAAAGCGAAUCGAGCGUGCUUGGUGCCACCAACGGCCCACUGAUCGCAGUUCCCAUUGGGCCUGAACCUCACCAACAUCGUUCCGUGCACACGUGUCUAAGUGAUCAAAGUUCUCCUGAAAAUAAGAAUGGGCAAGAGAGCCCCAAAUUAUUGAAGAAGACAGUCCCUUGUGCCACAGGCGUCCCCACCACUUCCUCAGCGACUGCCACUAAAGUGCACCACGGAAGCCAGUCCUGCCUGAGCAUCCAGGAUUUCAGAAAUGAUUUUCAAACCACCUUUGUUGUCUCAGUUACCACCACAGUCUGUUCCCAGCCUCCCAGAUCUGCAGGUGAUGCUUGUCCAGUGAGCAUCAGCAAGGGUGCAGACUCGGCGAGUGUUACCGCAACAGUGGCCCCUUCUGCCCCUGCAGGAGGGAAGACCACCACUCCUGUAAGCACUCUUUCUGCAAACCCUUUGGACAAUAGUUGGACUCUUUCUUGUUCUUUGCCUUCUUCCAGUGUUAGUGCGUCGGAUUUGAAAAACAUUAAUAGCCUUACCCGAAUUUCCUCUGCUGGAAACACACAGACGACGUGGACUACUUUGCAACUGGCGGGAAACACUAUUCAGCCCUUAAGCCAGACACCUUCUUCUGCAGUGACUCCGGUAUUAAAUGAGUCUGGUAGCAGCCCUCCCACGACCAGCCACAGUAGACACGUCGCUACGGGCGUCAACAUGAAUAAUUCCUUUCCCGCAGACGGGCAGGUGGUUGAGCAAGUAGUUGUCACCUUGCCUUCUUGUCCAUCUUUACCUAUGCAGCCACUAAUUGCCCAACCACAAGUUAAAUCUCAGCCUCCAAAAAGUAUCCUUCCAUUGAAUUCAGCAAUGCAAGUGAUUCAGAUGGCUCAGCCAGUUGGGUCGGCUGUGAAUGCAGCUACAGCUAAUCAAAAUGUUAUCAUUCUUCAGCCCCCCAGCACCACCCCUUGCCCAACAGUGAUGAGAGCAGAGGUUCCCAACCAAACAGUAGGUCAGCAGAUAGUGAUCAUACAGGCAGCUAAUCAGAACCCUUUGCCGCUCCUCUCAGCUCCACCUCCUGGUUCUGUUCGACUCCCUGUCAGUGGAGCCAAUGCUCUACUAGGGUCUAAUAGUUCAGUGCAAAAUGUUUCGACCCCCCAGACUUUUGGAGGAAAGCAUCUUGUCCAUAUAUUACCAAGACCUUCAUCUCUAUCAACACCUAGUUCAACACAAACUUUUUCUGUUACCAUGUCAAACCAACAACAGCCUCAAACCAUUUCUUUAAAUGGACAGCUCUUUGCUUUGCAGCCUGUGAUGUCCUCAUCAGGAACUACAAAUCAAACCCCUAUGCAAAUUAUCCAACCCACCACCAGCGAAGAUCCAAACACCAAUGUUGCCCUGAAUACAUUUGGAGCUUUGGCCAGCCUCAAUCAAAGCAUAUCACAGAUGGCUGGGCAGAGCUGUGUACAGUUGUCUAUUAGCCAGCCUGCCAAUCCCCCAACUGCCGCAAGUAGUCAAACCAUCCCAGUUCACAGUGUUUCAUUAACAACAACGGUAGCAUCUCCCAUGACAACUGAUAAUUCAGCCACACUACCCAGUACUUAUAGUCUGGUAACUACACCCUCAGUGAACACUGUAGCUUGUUUACCUAAUGUGAAGUCAAAAAGGUUUAAGAAGCCAGGUGCCAAGAAACACUUAGCAGCUCACAAGUCCGCAUGUCCCCCGAAUCCAGUCAGAGAGGUGGGCAAGUUAGCCUGCCCUGGCACUGAAGCCACAGCAGAGCCGUCAUGUGGUGAUGGACUGCUGGAAAGCCUCCCUGUCGUGUUACCGUCUGUCACCAUAUCCCAGGCAAAUUGUGUGAGUGUUUCUGGUUCACAUUCUUUGGAUGUUCUAAAUCCUGAAUCCGUGAUACCCGAAUCUGUACCCAAAUCUAAGUCAACAGAAGAGUCUAGCUCACCCUCCCAAGCAUCUGUAACGAGUGAACAUUUUGUAAUGGCCCCAGCAAAAUCCAAAGAUUCUGCCCCCAUUCUGCAGCAAGAGGCAUCUCAGGAUAAGCCACCAGCUAGUUUGGCAUUGUCAGAUGCUGCCAAAUCCUGCACUUCAGCCAGCGUGUUGAUUCCAUCUCCAAAUGAUCCCCACCUUUUGGUUUCUCAGGUUUCUGGGCUCUCAUCCACCACUAGCACUACAAGCACUGACUGUGCUUCUGAGGUAGAAAUCAUUGCUGAACCUUGCAGGGUGGAGCAAGACUCAUCAGAUACGAUGCAAACGACAGGUCUGUUAAAGGGGCAGGGUUUGACUGCAUUGCUGUCUGGUCUUGCUAAAGAAAAAGACUCUCAGAAAUUGUCUCUUUCGGUGCCGGUGGACCAUCCUGACUUUCCUUCUGAAAAUUCUAAAAUGGCGGAUUCAAGUGUCGAUUUACAUCCCAAACAGGAGCUGUUACUGAUGAACAGUGAUGACAGAGGUCCGGGGCAACACCACUCCUGCGUCCCUGAUCAGGAGGUUAUUAAUGGCUCUUUGCUUGUCAGCAGGCAGGCCGACUCUCCCAUGUCCACCAGCUCUGGCAGUAGUCGUAGUUUCUCAGUUGCAUCCAUGCUUCCUGAAACGACGAGAGAGGAUGUCACCAGCAAUGCAACAACGAAUACCUGUGACAGCUGUACCUUUGUAGAGCAAACUGAUAUAGUUGCUCUUGCUGCAAGAGCUAUUUUUGACCAGGAGAACCUUGAGAAGGGAAGAGCUGGCACCCAGGCUGAUAUGAGGGAGGUUACUUCAAAGCCUUCUGAAGCCUCACCUUUAGAGGGAGACCAGCCUUUCAAAACACAGAUGUCUAAAGAGAGUGGCCCGGGACAGGCAGAAGCAACACCAAAUGAAUUUAAUUCUCAGGACUCAAUUGAAGCAACUGUGGAUCGAUCCCUCGGAAAACCAAGUUGUUCUGUAGGAAUCAAAACAUCAAAUGCCUCUUUACAGGUUUCGACUUCUCAGCCACCAAGCAUCACCAGUUUAAGUGUCAAUAAUCUUAUCCACCAGAGCACCAUCAGCCAUCCUCUGGUCAGCUGUGCUGGUCUAUCCCAAACCGCAGAGCAAGCACCUGUUCCGGCAACGGUUAAUCUGACUGUUGCAUCUAGUUCCUACGGUGGUCAGCCUCCCGGGCCAGCUCUGAUGACCGAAUAUUCCCAAGAACAGCUAAACACCAUUACUGGCACCAUACCAAAUCCACAGGUUCAAGAGCCACUCUUAAAGCCAAGUCAGGAAAGCCGCAAAGACUCCGCCAAGCGUGCUGUCCAAGACGACCUUUUAUUGUCUUCAGCUAAACGUCAAAAGCACUGUCAGCCAGCCCCGCUGAGGCUUGAAGCUAUGUCGCUGAUGAACCGCACUCCGGACAGCAUUUCUGAUCAGACUCAGAUGAUGGUCAGUCAGCUCCCUCCCAACUCUGCAAACUCUGUUGUGCCUAUUAGCAACCCAGCACAUGGAGAUGGCCUCGCACGAUUAUUUCCACCGAGUAACAAUUUUGGGGCCCCUGCAUUGAGACAAACGGAAGUUCAAUGCAGUUCUCAGAAUUCAGUUACCGAGCAGCAGCAAACCCAGGCCAGUCAACAUCUCCAGGCCCUGCAACAGCAUGUUCCAGCCCAAGGGGUAUCUCACCUGCACGGUAACCACCUCUACUUAAAGCAGCAGCAGCAGCAGCAGCAGCAGCAGCAGCAGCAGCAAGCAGGACAGUUAAGAGAGAGGCAUCACUUGUACCAACUGCAGCGUCACGCGCCUCAUGCAGAGAGCUCUGUCCACUCUCAGCCACAUAACGUCCACCAACAGAGAACUCUCCAGCAGGAAGUCCAGAUGCAGAAAAAGAGGAAUCUCGUUCAGGGCACUCAGGCCUCUCAGCUUUCCUUACAACCAAAGCACCACGGAACUGACCAGUCCCGCCCCAAGAGUGGUCAGCCACAUCCCCACCAUCAGCAGAUGCAGCAACAGAUGCAGCAACAUUUUGGAAGUUCCCAGCCAGAGAAGAGUUGUGAAAACCCUUCGACCAGCCGGAGCCACCACAACCAUCCCCAGAACCAUCUCAGUCAAGAUAUGAUACACCAGCAACAGGAUGUUGGAAGCAGGCAGCAAGGUUCGGGGGUUUCUUCUGAACAUGUAUCUGGGCAUAAUCCAUUGCAGAGGCUUUUGACUUCAAGGGGCAUAGAGCAACAAAUGGUGUCCCAGCCCAGUAUCGUGACUAGGCCUUCAGACAUGCCCUGUACUCCACACAGGCCAGAGAGAAAUAGAGUUUCAAGUUAUUCUGCCGAGGCACUUAUUGGAAAGACAUCUUCUAACUCAGAGCAGAGAAUGGGCAUGUCACUUCAGGGUUCCAGAGUUUCAGAUCAGCUUGAAAUGAGAAGCUAUCUUGAUGUUCCCAGAAAUAAGAGUUUGGCCGUUCACAAUAUGCAGGGUCGCGUGGACCAUACUGUUGCCUCGGAUAUCCGCCUUACUGACUGUCAGACGUUUAAACCAAGUGGAGCCAGUCAGCAGCCCCAGAGUAAUUUUGAAGUACAGUCUUCAAGAAAUAGUGAAAUAGGUAACCCGGUAUCAUCAUUGAGGAGUAUGCAGUCCCAGGCUUUUCGAAUUAGUCAAAACCCUGGUCCACCACCAAUCGACCGCCAAAAGAGAUUAUCUUAUCCACCAGUUCAGAGUAUUCCGACAGGAAAUGCCAUCCCACCAAGGGACAGUGAGAACACAUGCCACCAGAGUUUCAUGCAGAGUUUACUUGCCCCUCACCUUGGUGAUCAGGUCCUUGGAAGCCAGAGAUCACUCUCAGAACAUCAGAGGAACACACAGUGUGGUCCAUCCUCUGCAAUUGACUAUAAUUGUCCCCCAACCCAUGAAAGUGUCCAUAUUAGAAGAGAGAGUGACAGUCAAAACAGGGAGAGUUGUGACAUGUCCCUAGGUGCGAUUAACACCAGGAACAGCACCCUGAAUAUUCCUUUCUCAAGUUCUUCUUCUUCAGGAGAUAUUCAGGGUCGAAACACAAGUCCCAAUGUGUCUGUACAGAAGUCCAAUCCCAUGAGGAUAACUGAUAGUCAUGGGACCAAGGGCCACAUGAACCCUCCGGUCACAACCAACAUGCAUGGGGUUGCAAGGCCAGCUUUGCCCCAUCCGUCUGUGUCUCACGGAAAUGCUGAACAAGGGCCUCCUGUACGUCCAACUAACUCUUCAGUUCCCCAGCGAUCAAGGCAUCCCUUGCAAGACAGCAGUGGUUCCAAAAUUCGUCAACCUGAAAGGAAUCGUUCCGUAAACCAAAGACAUAGUAAUGUCUUUGACCCAAGUCUUCCCCAUCUUCCUCUGUCCACUAGUGGCAGUAUGAUUCUUGGACGCCAACAAGCCGCUACAGAGAAGAGAGGAAGUAUUGUUCGUUUCAUGCCCGAUAGCCCACAAGUACCUAAUGAUAACUCAGCGCCUGACCAGCAUACACUAUCACAAAAUUUCGGUUUUCCUUUUAUUCCCGAGGGUGGCAUGAAUCCACCAAUAAAUGCUAAUACUUCUUUCAUUCCACAGGUUACUCAGCCUAGUGCCACUCGAACGCCAGCUCUUAUCCCUGUAGAUCCCCAAAAUACUCUGCCCUCCUUCUAUCCCCCCUACUCCCCUGCUCAUCCUACGCUGUCUAAUGAUAUUUCCAUCCCCUAUUUUUCUAAUCAAAUGUUCUCAAAUCCCAGCACUGAGAAAGUAAACAGUGGAAGCUUAAAUAACCGAUUUGGAUCAAUUCUGUCUCCUCCUAGACCUGUUGGUUUUGCUCAACCAAGUUUUCCUCUGCUCCCUGACAUGCCGCCAAUGCACAUGACCAAUUCUCACUUGUCUAACUUUAAUAUGACAUCUUUGUUUCCAGAAAUAGCUACAGCUCUUCCCGAUGGCUCGGCAAUGUCACCUUUGCUUACAAUAGCAAACUCCGCUGCCUCUGACUCUUCCAAGCAGUCCUCAAACAGACCUGCCCACAACAUAAGCCAUAUUUUAGGUCAUGACUGCAGUUCAGCUGUUUAA